AAACCCGGGGUCCCUCUCUCCUUUAGCUGCUCCUCUGCGCUCUAAAAGACAGCGAGGGAAAAAUGCGCCACUAUCGGAGCGUCUUUCAAGCAGGGAAAAGUUAACGACACGACUCCCAUCCGAGCUACGAAGACGACAACACACCCCGUGAAAUAAGCGACACAAGAACUAGAUAGAUUGAGCCAUCGAUUUGUUAUUUAUUUAUUGUUUUGGAUAACGUUGCCGCAGGAGUCCCGUUCAGUCGCUCCUUGGACUUUGAUAACGUUUUACUCCCCCCCCACCCCCCAAAACUGCUUUCUUUCCUUGGGAUUAAAAUUUUCCAACUUGAGCGCACAUACGAGCAGAGAGAAGAGUUGAGAGAGACACGGCAGUUUUUUUGGAGAGAGAUUUCCAAAACAAACAAAAAAACAAAAAAAACCCGCAUUGAUGGAGUCCCACUGCCGCAAACUGGCGUCAACGUGCGCACAGAUUGAGAAGGAGAAGGUUCUGAACAAAGCCGACGACUCCUCGGAUGACCCGUCCAAGAAGAAGCGCCAGCGGCGGCAGAGGACGCACUUCACCAGCCAGCAGCUGCAGGAGCUGGAGGCCACCUUCCAGAGGAACCGCUACCCGGACAUGAGCACCCGGGAGGAGAUCGCCGUUUGGACCAACCUGACGGAGGCCCGCGUCAGGGUGUGGUUCAAGAACAGACGAGCCAAGUGGAGGAAGCGCGAGCGGAACCAGCAAGCCGAGCUGUGCAAGAACGGCUUCGGCCCGCAGUUCAACGGACUCAUGCAGCCGUACGACGACAUGUACCCGAGCUACACGUACAACAACUGGGCCGCCAAAGGUCUCACGUCCGCCUCGCUGUCCACCAAGAGCUUCCCUUUCUUCAACUCCAUGAACGUAAACCCGCUCUCCUCUCAGACCAUGUUCUCCCCGCCCAACUCCAUUUCCUCCAUGACACCCAGCAUGGUGCCGUCGGCGGUCACGGGGGUCCCGGGUUCGAGUCUCAACAGCCUCAACAACUUGAACAACCUCAGUAACCCGUCACUCAACACGGGAGUGCCCACGCCCGCCUGUCCUUACGCGCCCCCCACGCCGCCCUACGUGUACCGGGACACUUGUAACUCCAGUCUGGCCAGCCUCAGACUCAAAGCCAAGCAGCACUCGAGCUUCGGAUACGCCAGCGUGCAGAACCCCGCCACCAAUCUGAGCGCGUGCCAGUACGCCGUGGACAGACCGGUCUAAUAGAGAGCUAUACACUGCAAAAAAAAAAAAAAAAA